ACUAGUUUUCACUUCCCUCACAUCAUGUUCAGGUCCAUUGCCAGAUACGCCGCAAGAUCAAGACCGAUAUGUGCCACCAGGAUGGUACGGUUCGGCUCGUCCCUCACCAGCCAGCCCACUGAGGUGGAGACCAAGAUCGCAGACACCUCUGAUCCCAACCGGUCGCCAUUCUUCCAGUAUUCCUGGGGUUCGUGGAUGAAAAACGACGCUAUAGAAAAGGCAAAGAGACAGACUCGUUUUUCCAUCGAAGGCACCACCAAGUUGGUUCAACUACUCUUUGAACAUUAUUCUGCCGAAAAUAACAACUUCAAGGUGCAAACCCCCAAGUCUUUGGCGGAUGGCUCGGUGAUUUUGUCACACAACUUACUGUUGGUGGGCAAAUCUGACGGCCUGCUCCUGGUCAAGUCGAUUUCCAGCAUCCACGAAGGUAAGAGCAACCGGAUCUACAAGAUCUCCUUAUCAAACGGCACCGAAUUGGUGUUGAGGCUCCCUUAUAAAUUGGAGAGCGAGUACUCAAUCGGUGAGAAGAUCAAGAGUGAAGUAGCCACCAACGAUUUUCUUUCGUUGAAAUUGGGUUUGAAGGUUCCUCGCAUCUUAAGUUAUGGUGCUAAUAAACUCAACUUUCUUCAAAGUCCUUACAUUUUGAUGGAGUACAUUCCAGGUGACCUUUUGAUGAAACAAUGGGAACCGUUGAUUACUGAUGAGGUUCCUGAUUCCAAGCAGAAGCUCGAAGACGUGAUCAAACCAAUUGCCGACUUUCAGAAUGCCACAAACUCAGUGGUGUUCAACAAGUUCGGAUCGUUGUACUUCACUGCCGAUGUCGAGGGAUAUUUACAGUCCGACUUGCCCUACGAAGGAGAAUCCAACGAAUUAUUCGUCAACAGAUGGAGAAUCGGUCCAUCAGUUGAAAAAUCGUUUUUGAGAAAUAAAAACAAGUUGAAGUCCAAGCAGAUCACUACCCAUAACGGACCCUGGCCCUCUGACCAGCCCGAAGCUGUCAUUGCCAGCAUUGCUAAAAUUGAAUUGGAAAACUUAACCACCAGAUUAGGACUCGCGGAAGCCGAUUCGAGUAAUCAGGUUGAAAACAUUCAAAACUUGAAGAACCUGAUUGCAACCUUCGAGAACUUGGCGAAAAUGGCCCCUUUGUUACUCAACAAGGCCUCCAAGAGCAUCCCCAACGUUGAGGAAUUGUUCAAACCAAGACUCUUUGUUCCGGACUUGGAUCCAUUGAACGUGAUUGCCAACUCGGACAGAAACAAUGAGUUGUUCUUCACCGACUUCGAGUACUCCUCCAUCAAGCCGUUUGUGUUGUUUAACUACCCCAAGUUUGUGGCAUAUUCGGGUGUCAAGAUAUACAACUUGGAAGAAGACAUCCCCAACUUCAAGGAACUUGACGAGUUGGAACAACAGCAGUACCAGUUCAUGUACUACAAGACCCGUAAUGAAAGGCUUUGGGAACUCGAGUUGAAUAAAAAUAGACACGACUUGAUUGCGGUGGCCUCUCCUCAUGUCAAGGUGUUGAAGUCUCCAUACUUACAAGCGUUGGAGUACAAAAGCGAUAGGGACUAUUUAUACGUUGAAGGAUCCAUUUUGCAACUCAAAGGACUUUGGGAAGCAUACGUCGCCAACGAGUUGUGUAACGCACAAACCCCGGAAUUCCCCAUCGACUAUACCCCUGAAGUUGUAGAACAAUUCCAAUCUGAUUUGCAGGCUUACCAGACCGAAAUUUCGUCUACUCCAUUUGCAGCCACUGGGGGUUGGGUUCCGCAAGAUAUGUUUGACCAGUUGAAGGACGGCGGACUUUUGAAACAAACUCCAGAUGGGUAUGAGAUUGAGACCGAGAAGCUUCUCCAGCAAGAACAGGAAGCUAACCAGUAAUUAGACUCUAAUGCUCGUGUGUAUUUGUAUAUAGAAUUAUCAGAAUUUAGGACACCUAUAAGUACUUCUUAGCAAGAAGCUUGAUGCGCAAAUCAAAGUCCGGCGACGUGAGGGCGUCGUUCACGCUAUAGAAUGGGUCCAUGAGCUCCUUAACGUAGAGUUCGUUCGUUUCCAUGAAAAAUUGCCGAAUGGCAUUCUCAUCAUAUCUACCGUUUCCGUUAUCGUAGCAUAUUAUAAACUUGAUGUUCCCUUGUGUCACAAAUGCAUUGACCAGCAAUCCAUAGAAGGAGUCCACUUUCCCCAAGUAGAACUGGUUGUUAUUCCACUGAACAUCCUCGAUGAGAUCAAUGGAAGAAUGGGUCACGAACGGGAGAAUUUCCUUGACAUUAUUGGAAAACUGACUUUUGCCCGGCACCUGCGACGCCCCCGAUCCGCCUAGCUUGAAAGAGGCAAACUCGAGCUCGUAGAGAGGCGUGUCGUUGGUUCCUAUGAUUGUGAAGUAGUAGGAGCUCAUUCUGGAUCUGCUAAAUUUGUUAGGUUUCCG